GCGGUUAUAAUUCCUUCAAUCUUGCCAAUGACCCCUUUGCAUCUCUACCUUCUCUCUCUCGACGACUGAUCCGGGGCUCUUGUCUUGUCAUUCGUCCAUUCUUGAACUUCUCUUGACUAGACCUGACAAAUCUCUUGUGAUCAGAUUCAGCAUACGUUCAGUCAAAACCCCAAUCGACUCCUUUAUUUCCCCCUCUUCACACCAUGGCAGGCCCUGGCUUCCCUCCCUUUCCACCCAACAAGAGCAGAUACUCUCCCAGUAGAGCUUACGGAGAUGAGUAUGGUGGUCCACCUCCAGUAGCCAUACCACCCUUCCCUCCCAUGCCUCCUUACCCACCACGUCCAUUCGACGUCUACGGAUCUGAACCGCCCAGACCUUCAUAUGGCUACGAGCAGCCUCGAGGUGGCUAUGAAGGGGACAGAUACGACCCCUACCAACCUUCUUCAAAUGGCGCAUACGACCCAGGUGUACCUCAACUCAGACAGCCUCCUCCACCCUUUCCACCACCACCAAAGUCCCUUCCUCCUCCUCCCAUGAACUUUGCAUCCACGAUGCCACCUCGACCACCACCCAUGAGGUCAGCUCCACCUGUCAAAACAGACUCAGCUCCCGACCAUGUGCACGAAUAUACUCUCUUGACCGAGAUAAGAACCGUGGAUGUCGGCGGAUACACGACUGCGAUCUACUCCCUGCCGCCAAGUCACUUGCCGCUCGAGAAACUUGUCGCUAUAAAUCCAGACGAUGCCCUCAACCUUCAUCGUCAUAUCUGCUCUACAACCAAAUCAGUAUGGUAUGCCGAUGGGUCAAGCCGGGCAGGCGAGGGAUGGUCAGCCGCAGUCGAAUGGAAGAACGAUUCGAGUCGUUCCGAUAAAAAGAUGCGAGGGUGCGUCGGCGACGCAGACGCCCUUGACGCCGAAAUUGGAGGACUUUGUAAGGCCGUCGAGGGAUUUGAGGAGCUCCUUCAGCUGUCCAUCAAGGAUGGCAAGCCCAUGUCCCAUGAACUGGUCGUCUUUUCGGACUCUCAAGCCGCCAUUGUCAGCAUAGACACCUCGUCACGGUCAGAAGCACUCCGAUUUGAGCAAAUGUGGCGCAACAUUUGUUCACAAUAUCUUCAAGCGACGAUGAAGCUGGUUUGGAUACCUCGUGGGAGCGAUAUCGAGGGCCAUGUGCUCGCCGACAAAAUUGCCGUUGUAGGAGCCAGCAACGCUUAUCUCAAGAAACGCAAAGAAGGGACUCUCUCUGAUAUUUACCGUCGACCCGGCGGUGGAGAGCCAGAACCUCCCGGUAGCUCAGUUGCCGGCGCCUGGCAGCGUGGUGACGCGGAUCUGUCGAGACGAAAAGUCUUCUUUGAACGGCCUGUUCCCGCCCUAGUCUCCGCCUCGCCUCCACCUGACGCCUCCAAUGCUGAGAAUGAUUACGGUCGAUCUAUGGAAGCAGAAGCCGCACAAAAUGACGCGGAUGACGACGCACAGCAACCGAAAGACGGAGCCAUCUUUGUUACCCACUUUCCAUCCGAAGUCACCGCGAAGGAUUUGGGGGUUCUGUUCGCCAAGUAUGGCAACAUCGUGGCUGUGGAUAUCUAUCACAUCUCGUCCGCCCACCCUCGCUUUGCAUUCGUUGCGUAUACAGACCCGGCGUCGGGCCUGGCGGCGAUCAAGGAACUUCACAGGCAGGCGAUACCCCUGGAAGACGACUUUGCUCGACAACAUCUUGACGAUCUUCGUGUCUGGCGUGACUGGACGGGCCAUCUGACUGUUGUUCCAGCCGAGCCUCCUCGCCUGGUGCCCCAAUCCGUCAUGGCCGAUUUUCCGCCUCUCCCAGAAUGGGCGCAAAGGUCAGCCAAGGACACUAAAUCUGGCUCGGGACCACCGACUACAGUCAAACAGGAGCACAAUACCGCAGGAGAUCAUGAAGAAUUGGAAAGGAGAAAACGCGAUCGCGACACUCAAGGUUCGCAUUUAGCGAGAUCCUCUCCGCCUUCGGAGAUUGACUCGCCUUCCCCGCACAAACGCCUUCGUCAAGAUAUAUUGGUAGAGCCUGCCGUCUCACGAUCCAAUGACCCCAAGUUCACCGCCUCAAUAGGCUUACCGACUGAUCCUCAAUCUGACGCAAGUCCUGACAAACUCUCUGUCAAUCACAGCUCUCAUAAUCACACUCUUAUGCCACCAUUUCCUCCUACUAUGAAUCCAGAUUUCACUACCAAUGGCCAUCUCUCGGAAGUGUCGACAAGUCACCAGGCGAAUGCCGUCCGCCUACCUCCCACUCCUCAGACAGCGGAGAAGCACCCUCUGUUCCACGAAGAUGGAAACUCUCCCGCUCGUUCACUGUCCAUGGAUCCAUCAGGCCAAAGCUUGUCCUCAAAACGACCAUUGACCAACUCGGCAGCGGAGCCUCAAGAGCAUCCGAUCAAGAUUGGAGCAAAAACUUUGCAAGCUCUCACUGCGCUUGUGACAUCUUCAUUCGGCAAGGUUGACGUAAAUAACUGGAUCGCUCACGCUUGUUUCAUCGCCGCGGAUCUUGAUCAUGCUAGACGGUCACUAAAGGAGGAUUUGUACGCUACCGAUCAAGCUUUCCUCACUGGCAGAGAUCUCGAACAGACCCUCUCAGCUCGCGGCUUCACUCCCGCACGGGUGGAUGCUUUCAUUACUAAGGUGCUCAAGGUCCUUGAUGGAAUAGCGCUCGCCGAGCAAGAUGAAUCGCAAGAGUCUCAAGACAUAAAGCCGAGGGCAGAGUGCGAGAGAGAUCUAGAACACGCCUUGUCCAAAUACCCGACCGAAACGAAGGAUGCGGUGGAAAGUGCUGCCAAAUUGAUGGAGUAUCUUAUCCGCGGUAAAGAGGCUCAGGAGAAAAAGCGAUUGGAUGUUGAACGCCGCGUCAAGGUCCUAGAAGGGAUGGUCAAGAUCGGUGAGAUUGUCGGUGGAGUGGUGAGGCACUUGUUGAACGAGACAACGGGAUAAGAGAGGGUUGGCACACUUUGCAUACUUGCUUACGUAAUGACCAUCGAUGAUUGCAUGGGAUGUUUAAAAUCAAACGCGUCGAGGUUCUCUUUGUUGCAUUCGUCCUUCGAGACAUCUGUCAGGGAUAUCACUUGUCUCCUACUCAAGAGGAAGGGAGCUUAGUGUCGUUGUAUGAGCUGUGGUAUGACCACUUAGGAGACGAGAGCCUUUCAAUCGGCGCGUUGGUUCUUUCAGGACACAGAUUGGCUCCAACGACCGCAAACGACCCGGCUUCGGAGUUUUCGACCAACCUGCUCUCGAUGUCUCAAACAACAUUCGAUAAACCCGUUCACGCUCUGCAAUCUAUAGCACCGCCUCUGCAGCCCGGUAAAAUCGUAUCAGGACCGUCCAGAUCCUCAUACAUCAUGGAGUCCAGCAAGUCAGCCAUCGCGGAUGCUGUGUUUGCUCCGCC